CCACAACUGGGACGUAAGCACCCCGACACAAUGACAACACGCGCAGUGGAAUGCUUGUGAAAUAAACGCAGUUUGAAGAAUAGCAGCCGUUAAAAAAAAACGUAUUUUUGUAGUGUGCGAUUUUGACUAUUCGUAAAAAAAAAUAAACAGCGGAAAGAAACCCACCCGGAUAUCAAAACAGCGCCGAUGAGUGGAGUUUAUCGCUGUUUGGUUGGACAUGAAAACACAGCAGCUCCAAUCAACAAGCUCAAGCAGGACGGAGUGAAGGCUACAAAGCGGAGAAGAAGACUACUAAAGUCAAGCAUGCAUACAAGUUAACGUUUAUUAUUCAUUUUUUUUAAAUCUACAAAUAGCGGAUUCGUUAAAAAAAUAAUAAGAUAAUAAACCUGGUUUACGGAUAAGAAGUGUCUGGACCCGCCAGAAAACAAGCAAAACAGCAUAAAAAAAUACACCAGUGAAUAAAAGGUCCAGUCAACACGAGUGGCAUUCAUUUGAAUAUCCACUUUGAUGAGCUGAAGAGAACCUGAGGCCGCCGGACCAGAGUGCCUCGAGCACCAGUGCUCCCCCACCCGUGGCUGCGACUCGUUCUUCACAACAUCCCCAAUGCGACCAUGGGAAAUAGCUGUGAAUAGGCGGCCGCCAACAGCCCCCUUAAACCAGAGGAGCUUCAUUGGGGGUCCCUGCAACGCACCCGUGCACCUCAGGAGAAGUCCUCCAGCACGCUGGCAGUGGGGGCAGCGCGACAGAACGGUUGUGCACGCUUCCCCGCGGCAGGAUGAGAAUUUUGCCCACGCCGCAUUCCCUCAGCAGCAGCAGCAACAGCAGCACCAGGCCGUUCCUGUAGAGGAGGCGAGGCAGUACAGCCAAGCCGGCGCGCCGCCCCGCAUGCUCCAUCCAUCCACACACCCGCCGCAGCAGACCUCCAUCAUGGUGGACCUUCAUGAACAAAUGCACCAAGGAUCUGUUCCGAUAUCUUACACAGUUACCACGGUGACGACCCACGGCUUUCCCAUGCACACGGGGCAGCCGAUCCCAGCGUGCAACGCGCAGCAGCUCCCAGCAUGCUCGGUAAUGUUCAGCGGACAGCUCUCUCUGCUCUGCUGCCUUCCUCCUCCUCUAAUCCAGGCGUGCACCAUGCACCACUUACCCGUGUCUUACCAGGCCUUUCCGCCUCUGAUCUCCAGCGAGCAUUUCCUCCUGCAUCCGAGUCCUCCAGUGGCGCCACAUCAGCCCCCGGCACUGGCACCACUCAGCCACUUCAUCCCCCUGCAGCCUCAGCACCCGCGCAUGCCUCUGCAAAGAGUGGAGAACGAGGUGGACCUGAGAGGAGAGCAGCACCAUUUGGGAACUUUCUCGUACCCCACCGCGCAUCACCCACCAGCAGCCAUGCCCCCCUCCGUGCCCCUGCAGUACCACCUGCCCCAGGAACCCCUACAUCAGGAGCUGCCCUUUGCGGUGCCGUAUCCACACAUGCUGCCCAGGCGUGGGAGCGGCCAGAGGUAUCGCCUGCAGCAGCCGCUGCCUCCUCCACCUCCUCCUCCGCCCUACUACCCCGGCUUCCUCCCUUACUUCCUCUCGAUGCUUCCUGUGCCUCCGACUGCUGUGGGUCCGGCGAUCAGCUUGGACCUGGACGUGGACGACGUGGAGAUGGAGAACUACGAGGCGUUACUGAACCUCGCGGAGAGACUCGGCGAGGCCAAACCUCGAGGACUGACAAAAGCUGACAUCGAACAGCUCCCGUCCUACAGGUUCAACUCGGAAAAACACCAAUCAGAACAGACUCUGUGCGUGGUGUGCUUUAGUGAUUUCGAGUCAAGGCAGCUACUUCGAGUAUUACCCUGUAAUCACGAGUUUCACGCAAAGUGCGUGGACAAAUGGUUAAAGACUAACCGCACGUGUCCGAUCUGCCGCGCGGACGCUUCCGAAGUUCACCGUGACGUGGAGUGAGUCUGGGUCUUCGUCCUUCACUGGAUAACAGCACAAACCUUGGAGUGUGUGGUGGGAGCGGGCAAACACACACACACAUAUAUAUAUACAUACACACACACACACACACACACACACACACACUACAUGUGCGCAUCACCCAACCCCGUGCCCUCCAGCCAAACGUUGAAGCAUCUCCUUUACACACUCGCUCCUCCCAAGCCACUCCUCCGUUCCUCUCCUCCACCCUCAACAUCUGACCAAUAAGCAAUCUUGGAAUUUGUACGGAUUGUGUUAGACCUCCGCUGUGCUUCUGACGCAAGCUACUGCAUCCUCUGAGCCCGGCAACCUCCCUCAAAUCCUCAAUCCCAGUUUUUAUUUUAGUUUUUCCUCCAUUCCCCUGUCUCUCUUCUCUUCUUCUUUGCUUUUUUUUUUUUUUUUUUUUUUGCCGAUUCCAAAGAUUAACAAGCGUGGUGUUGGCAUCUUGUUUACACGGUCGAAUGUGUUCUCGCUGUUCGCUUACGAAUAAUCCAAGCUGUGCUUCAGUGGUGUUAAGGGAAGACGGGAUGGGGGAAGGGGGUUCGAGGACGCCAUUCGAGCGGGGAGGAGAGAAAAAAAGGUUUGUCCAUUCCACUGUCUUUUUAAAAAAAAAGAAAGAAAGAGACAAGAAAAAGAAUGGCCUGAUCAUUAGCUGCAUGUUUCGUAUAGGCGAUGGGCCGAAGUGACUUGUUAAUAAUCUAUGUUUCGCAAUAAUGUAUCGAUGAUUUCAAUAGCUCUGUCCCAGCUUCGCUAACGCGAGCGGCUCCGAAUCUUUCGAGCUAACGAAGAAAGACACAAACUGCAAACAGGACGAAUGUGUGUGUGUGUGGACGUCUGCUCCCGGGCCUCAUCGCCGUGGAGUUUUGCACUGUUGCUGCACUGGAAAAAGGUCACAAGGACAACGAGGACCUCGUCGCAACCUGUGACCUCUGGCCGCCUCCCAAACCCUGGCUGUACUGCACGGAGGAGGGAAGGCCUUCCCUUCUUCUUUUUCUUCUUCUCCUUCUCCUCGUAUCAUCCAUCCGUCACUCGGUUUGCUCUCUUCUGGAUGGACUGUUGCCCUCGUUAUUAUUAUUAUUGGGUUUUUUUUCGUCGUUUUUUAGGUUAGCAAUACUCUUUUCGACUCGACGAGCUUCUUGCUGCAUUUCACGCGCAGGUUCAGCGGGACGGCGGCGAAGGGAAUUUCACUUCCACCUGAUGUCCAAAAAAAAAAAAAAAAAAAAAAAUCACACACACACACACAAACAGACUUUGGAAAAGGUGCGGGUCCCUUUUGCAGAAAGCAAUAUGUGCAAUGAGUGUCUGUCCUGAAUGAUUAUUAUUAUUAUUAUUAUUUUAAAUUUUUCUUUUUUGGAGGACCAGGCCUUUUUUUUUCCUCAUCUGUGAGCCAAAUAUUCAAUAAUUCAGUACACUCUCCAAGGAUACAGCUCUGCCUUCUUCAAGACGUUGACAAGCACAAACUUGUUACUAAAAAAAAACAAAAAAACAAAAACAAUAAUACGUAGACUCGGUUGAACUUGUUCUAGGGUUUUGUUUCUUUUUAAUUUAUUGGCUUUAUCUUCUGCGUUAAGGGGCAGAGCACCAGCACAGUGUAUCUUUGGUGUGAGGAUGUUGGGCCACGGUAGCAAUGUGAAGUGAUGUUUAAAAAGAAGAAGAAGAAGGAAAAAAAAUAAAAAUAAAAAAUAACUAAGCCUUGUUAACGCAUAGCAUCAAAUCGCCGUCUUGUAUUGAGACAAAAGAAUGUGGAAACGCCCCCCAUAGCGCGUCGUCGACUCUGCUCGUGUGUGCCAGCUGACUGUAGUGUGACUCCACAAAUAAACGACUCCGAGGUUGUUCUUAGAAAUGCACUGUAAAAAAAAAAAAAAAAACCUGCUCAGCUCAAAGGAAAAAAACAAAACAAAACAGGGAUGAAAUGUCCAAAAAUAAAUAGGGUUUGUUUUUUUGCUACCGCUAAUUAUAGGACACAAAUAUAUAUAUAUAUAUAAUAGAUAUAUAUAUAUAAAUAUAAAAUGAUAAAUCUAUAUAUUCUUGCUUCCUUGUGUACACCGAGUAGCAGUUGUUUUUUUUUCUUUUCUUUUCUUUUUUCUUUUCUUAAAUCAGACUCGCUUUAUAUAGGUAAAGGGACAUCACCGUGAUUUUAGCAUGCGAGUCUGUCCUGAUGCUCACCAGGUUGAGAAAAGAAAAAUAAAUAAAAAAAAAAAAAAGCCAUUGUGAUGAAUUUAAAACCACACUUUUGAUAGUAUCGUGUAAACAUAUCCGUUUCACUGGCGUUCUAUUUUGAAAAGAGAAAAAACGGAAAAAAUAAAAAAUAAAAUACUCUCAGGGCCUCUCAGUUAACUUUAACGUAAGGAAAACAGGCGGAGGGGACGGAUUCGAACAUUUCUCAGUUUUCCUCAGGCCGCGUAUUUUAAUCCUUUUUAAAAACAAACAAACAAAAAAAUAUCGGUAUUUAUUAUCGCACCAGUUAAAGACCGGCAUGCAGAGAAAGGACGGAGGGGAAAAAAAAAAAAAAAAACCUAAAGCGAGGACGGUUUAUAACGCGUCGCCGAUCGUCCGAGUGUCGCUCAGAUACGUCCGUGUUUUUGCGUACUUACAAACUCGUGAUGUUGUCGGAGGACAAUAAUAAUAAUAAUAAGUGAUUUAAAUAUUUAUGGAAAAAAUAAAAAUAAAAAAACGGCCAAGCGCAUUAUCCUACCUAAACCACUUCCAAAUAUUUACAGUGUUUUUGCAUGGGUUGGGGGAAAAAAAUAAAUAAAUAGAAAAGGAUUAAAAAAAAUUUUUUGUUUUUAAUUUCCAGUGAAAUAUAUAUAUAUAUAUAUAUAUCUCUAGACGUGUGGGCGACUAUUUAUUUAAUCGUGCACAGUAAAGUAUGCAUGCGUGUCUUGGACCAGAUCCCGGGCUGGUGUUUUUAUUUGUUUAUUUUAUUUUUUAAAGCCUUUCAAGUUCUAGAGUUGGCUUCGGGGGUGUUUUUGUUUUGUUUUGUUUUGUUUUGCCCGGGGGGAUUUUUUUUGGGGCUCAGCUGAAAACUGCCACGCGUCGUACUGCACAGAAGCGGAAAGCGAGACUUUUCAAGGAAAACCGCUGAUGACAAUUAGCGAUCCCGCUCGGCUCGGUGUAGAUGGUGAAGGCCGUUUGUUUUGUUUUGGGUUUGUUUAUUUUCUGGCUUUCGAACUCGAUCACAUUCGUGCUUCUGCUGUUGCCUCAGAGACUGAAACUGACUUGCCUGGAAAAAAAAAAUAAAUAAAAAUAAAUAAAUACUCCAUCACUGAAAGCCAUAUAGUGAAACGGUGCUAGAUGUCUGUCGCUCCAUUCACAUUACGGGAAUGCAAUAGUGUGUGUGAGUGUGAGUGUGUGUGUGUGUGCUAUGACUUUCACAUACUCUUUAUAGCAUGCCGUGCUAGUUAGCGCCCCUAAAAAAAUAAAUAAA